CGUGUUUAGGUUUUAUAACUUCAUUCUAAAAAUUGUCCUCAGAAAUCUGCAUGUUUCCAGUCAAAAUAUUAAAACAUUCUGUGGGGUUUUGAAAAUCUAAAACAGACUACCUGAUUCGUAGAAUGUGUGAAUAGGUACGAAAACCCGUUAAUUAACUGGAACGCAUAAACAAAUAAUACAAAGCCGGUGUCACUCGACACGUUUUACUUCCGGGACACACAUAUUAUCUUUCGUCGUCUGCACCUGAGGAACGUUCAAACAACAGAAAAAAAAACAGAGUAAUAUACAGACCUCAGCCUGACACUCAAAAUGGAUAUUAAUGGAUUAAAGACAACUCUGUCAGAGAAUGGACAAGAACAUUUACUGAAAUAUUGGGAUCGCCUUACAGAGGAAGAAAAACAACAGUUGCAUAAUGACUUAGUUAAACUUAAUUAUAGUGAAAUAAACAAGUACUUUAAGGCUGCAAUGGAAACACUGAAUUCUGCAUCGCAGAAAAUUGACGAUUCUUUGGAACCUUUGCCUGCCGAAGUAUGUGGGAGAAUUACAUCAACUGACAAAGAUACUCUAAGUAGUUAUCACACAACAGGACUGGAAGAAGUUGGACAUAAUAGAGUAGCUGUCCUCUUGCUGGCAGGAGGACAAGGAACCAGACUAGGGGUACCUUAUCCUAAAGGAAUGUACAAUGUUGAUUUGCCAUCAGGAAAAACUUUAUAUAAUCUGCAGGCAGAGAGGAUAUUAAAGUUACAGAGAAUGGCUCAAAAACAGACAGGGAACUCAUGUGUUGUGCCAUGGUAUAUAAUGACAAGUGAACACACAAAGCAGGCUACAGAAGACUUUUUCCAGAAGCAUAAUUAUUUUGGUCUACAGAAAGAGAAUGUGAUCCUGUUUGAACAGGGUCGUCUCCCUUGUAUGGACUUUGAAGGAAAGAUUAUUCUGGAAAGACCAUACAAAGUGGCUCUUGCUCCAGAUGGAAAUGGUGGUCUGUACAAGGGCUUGGUACAUCAUGGCAUUGUGGAAAAUAUGGAAUCAAGAGGAAUCAAACACGUACAUGUCUACUGUGUUGAUAACAUUCUUGUCAAGAUGGCUGAUCCUGUGUUUAUAGGAUUUUGUAUAGCAAAAGGGGCUAGAUGCGGAGCUAAGGCUGUAGAGAAGACUGUACCAACAGAAGCUGUAGGGGUGGUAUGUAAAGUAGAAGGAAACUACCAAGUUGUGGAAUAUAGUGAAAUUACACUUAAAACAGCGGAGAAGAGGAACCAAGAUGGCCGUCUCACUUUCAAUGCGGGAAAUAUAUGCAAUCAUUACUUUCAGUUAGAUUUUCUAAAACAUGUGUCAGCCCAAGCACAAGAGGAACAGCUAAAACAUCAUGUUGCUAAAAAGAAGAUUCCAUAUGUUGGAGAAAAUCUUGAGACAAUCAAACCAACUUCACCCAAUGGAAUCAAGAUGGAAAAAUUUGUGUUCGAUGUUUUCCACUUUGCCAGAGACAGGAAUUUUGCUGUAUGGGAAGUUCUGAGAGAGGAUGAGUUCUCUCCCCUAAAGAAUGCUAACACAGAACCUAAAGACACACCCACUACCUGUCGUCAUGCUCUACUUGACAUGCACAGAAGAUUUGUACUGGGAGCAGGAGGGAAGUUUGUUCACAGUGAUGGAUCGGAAAUUCCUGAUAUUCAGAGCGCUAAAAAAGAAAAUGGCAGUGGAGACAAUCAAAAAGAUGCUGAUGAUGAAAAUGGAAUAGUCUGUGAAAUCUCUCCAUUAGUGUCUUAUGCUGGUGAGGGUUUAGACGAUCUGGUGAAAGGAAAGAGUUUUGUCUCUCCACUGUAUUUAGAACAAGGGCCUAGUGAUGAGAAACCUGUAGUCAAACAAGGAGAAAGAAGCUAAUGUAAACAAUCAUUUAGUGUGGGCAGCUACUUAAGAAUAUUUAUAUAAAUAGGUUGGAGGGCAAGCUUUCUGUGAUCUGGGACAAUCAUAUGGUUUCGUCAGACUACGUAUUACAUGUUUAUGGGAUGGAAUUUUGUGAAUGAAUUUUUAUAUUUACACACCUUUUACGCAUCUUUUAUUAUAAGGCAAUUUUUUUUUACUUUUUCACUUGCUUGUUUGACUAUGUAGGAUAGGGAAAGAAAUUUAUUGAACUUAUACCACAGUCAAUAACUGUAUUUGCAUGAUAUUAGAAUUUGCCAUUUCACACUCUGAAGCCCUCUUGGUAAUAUUUUGAAAAGAAUACACCGAAUGGUGUGAUUGGUAACAUGAGUUAUAAACAAUGGAUAACCAACCAAUGACAAUAAGUCAUUUUUAUUUUCCUGUACAAACAAUGAAAUUACCCACAAUUCUCUUAUAUGGCACAGUCAAAAACUGUAUAUAUAAAAAAAAUGGGAAAGAUAUUUUUCUUGUACGGAAAACAAUCUGGUUAAUUGGUGCAUCAAAUGAAAUUGUGUAUCAAGUAAUUUAUUGUUUAUGGUAACUAGUUAUGAACUGUUAUGUCUGUUAUAUUAAUUUUUUAAUUUUAUGUGACUCAUUUUUGAAUAGAGAGCAGAAAUAGUUUUAGUGUUUUCUUUUGUUAUUGUCAAUAUUACCCAACAUGGGUUAUUGAAUUCUACAUCUACAGAAUAAUAGAAUUGUCAAUUACUCUCAUAGGUUUAUGUCAAUUUUCCAUGUCUUGCAUUGCAGUCAUAUAAAUCUUUUCAUGUGUUUAACGAUCAUAUUUAUUUUAUCAAUUAUGAAACUACUGAAUUAAUAUUGACUAAACUAUUAUAUAAAGCUACAUUGACUAGAAAGCUAAAUGAGCCAUUUCCCUCAUGUGGACUCCAUGGUCAUGUUUGCUUUAUUGAAAAGCUCCUUUGAAGAAACAACCAAAUCAAAGGAGCAAAAGUAGAAAAGCAAUUAUAGUUUAAUUGUAUUUCGGUGUCACAAUAUGUAUAAAAUCUUGUAAUUUAUCUUCACUAAUACAAUGAUUUCUUUGUUCAUUUGUUUACAUGUACCAUUUAGGCAUGAACUUGUUUAGGUUUUGUUUUUUCGGAAAUAGAUAUCAUUUGACCAUUGAUAUAAAUAAAUUGCAAAUUUAAAAUUACGAAAAUCUAAGGAUUAGUUGGUUUUACGUAUUUGAAUCUCAGUGCUAAACUUUAAAUUAUAAUGAAAAAUAAGACGAAUAAUGCUUUACUUGUUAGGUUGUAGCAGAAGUCAAUUACUAGGAGAAGUAUGCAGACUUAUAUAUAGUAAAAGAGGUUAUAAAAACCUGAUUCUUCUAACUCUUGUAGGUAACAUUUAUGUGGAUUCUUUGUAUAACUAGAAACUAUGACCAAAACUUUUCAAAUGCAUUCAGCAGGGUUUGAUUCUGAUGGUGCACCUGCCCUAAGGGAUCUGCCCCUGUUCAGUAUUGUGAAACUUCAUCCCAUGAUCUAAAUAGCAUGAUGGCUGCUAAAAGAAUAAUUGUAUAAAAUCAAUUUGAUGUAAUUCUGCUUGUCAUCUUGGAUAACACUAAUUUAAGAAACUCAAAUUUAUUCAUUUUUUGAAAAGAUAAAAGUUCUACCUUUGAAUCCAUAAGUUAAUUACAGAUCCCUUGUACAUCGCCAGAUGAUGGUCUUGAGUCUGCUUAGACAAGGGGGCAGUGUGAGUUUUCCGCGUGUAGCAAAGCUUGCACACUUUUCCUUUAUAAUUGACUUCUGGAUGUAAUUAUUUAAAAUGUAAGUAUUUAGUAAUAUAAUUGGAUCAGUUUUAUUUUUAUGUAUAGAUAAAAUAACAAGGAAAAUUUUAUAUAAAUGUUAUUGAUAUUAUAGCCACAAUUAUCAGAUGAUUGGAAGACUUAUUUUUCUUUCACAAAAAGUUGCCAAGGUUUGCGCAUGUUUCAAACUGACUUGUCAAGGAAUUUUUCCCAGCAUUUGUGAUAAAAUAAAUAACACACUUGGGCAAAUUCAAGUAAAUUGAGGUCAUAAAAAAUCUUUGGUUUUCAUUAUUUUAAUGCUGCAGUGCUUUUGCAGCAUAAGUUUAAACAAGUAAGGUGGCACAUUUUUCUAAUUUGGUCUGAGUGUUUCUCAUAUCACAACAAAAUUAAUAUGUUGGAUAUAUAUAGAUUCUACCACUGCAUCGAGUGUGAUACGAUAUUUAUCCACUCGAGACAGUUAAAUUAUCAAAUUUAAAACGCGAGGCUCGCCGAGCGUUUUAAAUAUUUAAAAUUUAACUGUCGAGAGUGGAUAAAUAUCGUAUUACACGAGAUUUGGUGGUAGAAACUGUUUCUCUAAUGAUUUUCAAACAAUACGCAGGCAAAUUUAUUCCGUCUUUUCGAAUGAUCUGCAAAAAGAUGUGUUCUUUCUAUGUGACGUCAUCAGGCAUGGUCGCCUUUUUUCAUGCCGUCACAAUAGGAAAUUCAGAGGAAAGCAAAAAAAUUCGCCGUCAUAAUCGGAUUUUAACCAAUGAAGAACUGAGAUCAAACGAACCACACGUUGAUUAAAUUGUUUUUAUACAAUGGGUGCAGAAAGGGAUAAAUUGACGAAGAAUUAGAGAAACAUGAUAUAGCAGAUUGAACUAAUAGACACGAAUAAUUUUGUAUCAUAUUUAAAACUAUUGACUAAAAAUAUUUAAAAUUUAUUAGGUUAGUUUAAAAUUAUUUGAUUAAAAGUGUGGUACCUUUAUAUUUUUCAAAAUGCAUGUAUAAACAUAUGUCCAUUGGUCUAUCUCUAGAAAUACAACAUGUGUCCACUGAUCUAUGCAAAUUCAUGUUUCAUCUUCUGAUCAUUUGUACACAUACUACAUUUACCUGAUUUUUCAUCAUACAUAAUGUACAUGUAGCUACAGGUACCUGGAAUUAAAAAUAAAUCAAACUAA